UGUCACAGGAAUAAAAACUUUUUUUUUUUUUUAUAACUAUGGAAUGACAUGCACAUGUCGAAUCUGUGAGAAAGUAAAUGACUCAAUGCAUCUGCACCUGGAAGAGCUCGAGGGCAUUCAACCAAAUAUGGUAGGGGCGUGUAACAGGAAGCAGGGCAUUAGUAUAUCUUCUGCAGCGCGGUUUCAUUGCUCUCAUUUCCUCAUUAUGAGUCGCAGAGAGAGAUCUCGUCAGGCAAAGAGUCCUGACUCAACACCAUGCUCGGACUCUAGAAAGGAGAGGCGGGAAACACGGAGGAAAAAGAAAGAGGAUCCUCUGAAGCCAAAUCAUGCCAAAGAGACGCCGUCUGUGAAGGAAACCGCUAAAGAAAAGGGCAGAGGCAGAGAACAACAAAGGCCUCCAGAGAAGACUAAAACCAAAAUUUGUUCCAGCAGGUCCAUGUCAGUGGAAAUACCCUUGGACAGACAGCUGGAAUCACAAGCUACAACAAUGAGGUCAGCGACAGCAAAGGCUAACCCUAAGGCCACAAAACCUAAAGCUGCUGGUAAGGCAGAGACCCCAACACCCCGUAUCAAGGCUCCAGGGAAGAUGGAAGGUGCACAACUUGAGGUGAAAAAGACCGAGAGACCUUCAGGGGGGAAAAAAACCCCAGCUCCUCCAAAGUCCUGCGAUACAGUACAUCCUGACAAAAUAAAGCCAGAUCUGCUGAAGACAAGAUCAGCUUCAGUGGACUCUGUCCUGCAGUCUACUUUAGAAAAACUGAAGAUUAAGACAAAGGACAAAUCAGAUACGAGUAAAGUUGUGAAUGAGUUUAUAGAAAACCUAACUAGGCAUUUAAAAAAGGAAACCUUGUGUUUCCGAGAAGUAGACAAACAGCUGAACACAGGAAGUUAUUAUGAAAACCUUAAGAUCUCGGAUCCUGACGAGUUUGACGUCAUGCUUCCGAUCCCGGUGGAACGAGUUCAGAUCGAACCGUUUGGGGAAGACGGAGCCUUCUAUAGCGUGGCAUUAAAACGUGGCAAUAGCCCUUUAAUGAAAUUCCAGCAAAAUAACAUCUUAUCUGCAAGCAAAAUGCUUCAAGAGUUCAGAAAAGAAGUGGAGAAAUUUGCCAAGGGAUUUUCAGCAUGGACGAUUGAGAGGAAAAUGGUAGGCUGUCCUGCAGUGACCUUGACCCAUAAAGUGGGCUCAGUCAUCAUUUCCCUGGAUGUUGUUCUCUCUCUCAAAGUGAAAUCAAGCUGGCCGGCUUUUACCAGGGAUGGUUUGAAAAUUGAACAGUGGCUUGGGACUAAAGUCAAACAGGGGUACAAGAGGGAACCUUACUACCUCGUGCCGAAAUACAAAGGCAGGGGCACCGAGGAAAACGAUGGCGUUCUUAACAAAGAUGCCUGGCGGGUUUCGUUUUCUCACAUCGAGAAGGAUAUUAUAAAGAAUCAUGGAUCGGAGAAGACAUGCUGUGAAAGAGAGGGAGCCAGUUGCUGCAGAAAAGACUGUCUGAAGCUCCUGAAGCAUCUCCUGCAGCUGCUGAAGGAAAGUAACCCUUCAUUUGCCAAGUUCUGCUCCUACCUUGCCAAGACGACGCUCCUCCACGCCUGCUGCUCCAGAACCAGAGACAGCGACUGGGGAGCGUCGGACCUCAGUCGGUGCUUCGACCUGCUCCUUCAGGACUUCGAGAGCCACCUGAGAAGUGGUGAACUCAACAACUUCUUCAUCCCCAGUCAGAACCUUCUCUCUGGUCUGCCGAAAACCCACUGCAAGCUUUUGGCAGACUGCGUCAAGGAGCAACGAGAAAACGGCUUCCCCAUCUUCCAGAGAGAUCCUCAAAAUCCAUGUUAAGCGUUAGAUUGGGGAAUUCUGAUCCCAAGCGCAACGUUCAUGUCAAAUCAUGAGCGUUGAGAGAUUUCACAGGUUUACUUCCUGUAUAAAAAAAACAACUGCAAAUUAUAAUUUUUUUAUUUUUAUUUAUCAACUGUAAAUUAUUAUUUUUUUAUUUUUAUUUAUAAGAGUUGGAUCUAUUGUUUCCACUAAUUCAAAAAUGUCUUCUUAAGAAACACUAUAUAAACACAUUUACAAUCAGUGGUUAUUUUUAAAUGACACAGAUCUACUUUUAAUAUAAUAACGGUUAAGGGGUUUAUUAACAUUUGAAUGAAAUAUAUUUAUAAUCACCAGACUAAGCUACUACAGUGUCCCCAACAAAAUCUGUUGAUACGAGCAUUAGUUGUCUGCCUGUUGAUUUCUUUUCCCCCAAUCGUACCAGAUUGGUUCUGAUUCACUUUCGUUGCAGAGAAAUGCUAAGCAAUGUACUGGAAUAAAACUCACCUGCCAAACAGGUUAAAUA